AGCUAGGGAGUAUUUUUCAAUAUAUGGAUUUAAUUGUAACUUUGUAUUAUUACAUCUCUCCCUUUCUAUAUAUAUACACACACAUACAUCCAUGCAAAAAAUAAGGUAGUAGCUAGGGCUUUGGUACAACCCAUAAAAUCCAACCCAACUUCCCAUCACCUACUUGUAUAAUUCUAAGUACAUAUUUCAAACGCCGUCGUUUUAUCCGGGUUUUGACAACUUUUGUUCCUAAUGUCUCGGAUAGUUGCCGAAAAGAUCUCGCCGGCGGCAAUUGAUCGCACGCCUCUUUAUGAUCGGAGCGUAUCCCCCUCCUCCGAUAUGUCCGCCACCGCCCGAUCUCCCUCUUCCGCUAGAUCCAAGCUCGCCCAUCUCUUGAGCCCCCGCCGUGAUCCAGUCGCCGGAGAUGAAUCACCUGAGCACCGCGUUCUUGACGUGAGUGAUCCCGCCGGCCGGACGCCUCUCCCCUUUGUUCUCUCCUUUCAGAACCUGACGUACAACGUGAAAGCACGCCGGAGCAUGGGAACUCCGGCGGGUUUCUGGUCCCGGAGCGGGGCGAUCGCCGGCGACGGAGAGAUGAAAACGCUUCUCAACGACAUCUCCGGCGAGGCGCGUGAUGGGGAAAUCAUGGCCGUUCUCGGCGCGUCGGGGUCCGGGAAGUCGACGCUCAUCGACGCCCUCGCGAACCGGAUCGCCAAGGAGAGCCUGAAAGGAGCCGUGAAGCUCAACGGCGAGCCGUUGGACUCCGGCUUGAUGAAAGUCAUCUCCGCGUACGUCAUGCAAGACGAUCUUUUGUACCCCAUGCUCACCGUCGAGGAGACGCUCAUGUUCGCCGCGGAGUUCCGGCUCCCGCGGUCCCACUCCGCGGCGAAGAAGGGCAUGCGCGUCCGGGCGUUGAUCGAUCAGUUGGGCCUCCGGAACGCCGCGAAGACGGUGAUUGGAGACGAAGGCCACCGCGGCGUUUCCGGCGGGGAGCGGCGGCGCGUGUCUAUAGGGAUCGACAUCAUUCACGACCCGAUCAUCCUCUUUCUUGACGAGCCGACCUCGGGGCUCGACUCAACGAGCGCGUUCAUGGUGGUGAAAGUUCUGCAGAGGAUCGCUCAGAGUGGGAGCAUUGUGAUCAUGUCCAUUCACCAACCGAGUUACCGGAUCAUGGGUCUGUUAGACCGGGUUCUUUUCCUCUCUCGUGGGCGGACCGUGUAUGGCGGUUCACCUUCUGAUUUACCCCGAUUCUUCUCGGAUUUCGGACACCCAAUCCCGGAAAAUGAGAACCGGGCUGAGUUUGCACUUGACCUUAUUCGUGAGUUGGAAGUCUCUCCCGAAGGAACCAAGUGUCUGGCCGAAUUCAACCGAACUUGGCAGAGUAACCGGACCGGAACUUCUCCGGUUCACGGUUUAUCACUAAAGGAGUCCAUCAUAGCAAGCAUUUCUCGUGGAAAAUUAGUCUCCGGGGCCACCGCCACCUCCAAUGUAAACCACAAAUCCCUUGUCCCCACAUUUGCAAACCCGUUCUGGACCGAAACCGCGGUCCUGUCGAACCGGUCAUUCAAGAAUUCCCGGAGAAUGCCGGCCCUUUUCGGAAUCCGGUUAGGCGCAGUAGUCAUAACCGGGUUCAUCCUAGCCACCAUGUUCUGGCGUCUCGACGACUCCCCGAAGGGCAUCCAAGAGCGGCUCGGCUUCUUCGCCUUCGCAAUGUCGACAACGUUCUACACGUGCGCGGAAGCGCUCCCGGUUUUCAUCCAAGAAAGGUUCAUAUUCAUGCGGGAGACGGCCCACAACGCCUACCGGAGAUCCUCCUAUUGCCUCUCCCACGCGCUCGUAUCCUUCCCCUCCCUAGUCCUCCUCUCCCUCGCCUUCUCUGCCCUGACCUUCUGGGCGGUCGGCCUAGACGGCGGCCUCUCCGGGUUCCUGUUCUACACCGGAGUCAUACUCGCCUCGUUCUGGGCGGGUAACUCGUUCGUCACCUUCCUCUCCGGCGUCGUCCCCCACGUAAUGAUCGGCUACGUCAUUGUCGUCGCCAUCCUGGCCUAUUUCCUCCUCUUCAGCGGCUUCUUCAUAAACCGGAACCGCAUCCCGCCGUACUGGAUAUGGUUCCACUACAUCUCCCUCAUCAAGUACCCGUUCGAGGCGGUGUUGAGGAACGAGUUCGAGGACCCGACGAAGUGCUUCGUGCGGGGGAUUCAGAUGUUCGACGGGACGCCGCUCGCCGGAGUCUCGACGGACAUGAAAGGGAGGUUGUUGAGUAGCAUGAGUGGGACGCUGGGAAUCCGGAUUACCGGCGGGACGUGCGUGAUCACCGGAGCCGAUGUGCUGGCGCAGCAGGGAGUGAUGGAUCUGGGGAAAUGGAGCUGCUUGUGGAUCACUGUUGCUUGGGGUUUCUUCUUUAGGGUUUUGUUUUAUUUGAGUUUGUUGAUGGGAAGCAAGAACAAGAGAAGGUAGUGUUUGAUUGAGUCAAAUGAUGAUGGGAUAUUUAAAAAUAAUUGUAAUAUUUUUCUUUUUAUUCCUUAAAUAAUAAAUGUUCCACAACUUU